AUGUUCUCUCACUCAGACGCUGGUCCAAAUCACUCAGUACGCUGUAUUCACCUCCAACGUGUGGAAAAAAGUACUGCCAGCGAUCGGGUGUUACAAUGUCACCAUAUAGACAAGUUUUUGGGACACAAGAUAAUUAGAAUAUCGUUAAGAACGAAACCUUACAAUCAUCAAACUCAUUUGUACGAGUCAUAUAAUAAUCCAAUUUCAACAAACUCGUAUCAAAAAUAUCUUCAUUUGCCGGAUUAA